AACACUGUACGCACAAGGUCCACAACUCGCAACUCUUCUGUUUCCUUCUCCAUCUCGAUUCUCCCAGCCAUGUCCCUCCCUAUGCACCUCCGCAGCUACCGUGAAAAGUCCAAGGACGAAUAUACAAGGGACUUCUUCAACGUACCCCUUCAAGAACAGCUCUCAGGCCCCUCGGAUCCGCCUUCCGUCGUAAAACUCAGAAAUCACCAUGCACACAACGGCAGCGGACUCAAGGCGGGCGAGAUGCAGGGUAUGGAGAUCAGCGCGGUGCUGAGCGUGGAGGGUAAAGAGGAGGUCUAUGCUGGGAAGCUCUCACUGUUACCGCCAUUUCUAUGCUUCAUAUCGCUGGACAGAAAGUCCUGCAGAUCUACAAUACCGUUGUACACCAUUCGCCGGGUCGAGAGGUUGAACUCGAGAGCAGGCGUGUUCGCAUUGUCGCUGGCGACCUGGCAUGGUAUGAGGAUUGUCUUGCAACUUACGUCGCUCUUGCCAGCAGCGGAGCAAUUCGCUAUCCUCUUACGGGAUGCUCUCAAAUCACAGCUCCCUCAAAUGAAACAGUUCAAGUUAUUCCUCCCUUCCCUUUAUUCGGAAUACCUCCUUGCCUCCCCUUCCAACUCUCAUGCCCAAACUCAUACCGAUAACCUGCUCAUCAGCACAGAAUUCUCAGCGACAGGGACUGCGCACGACGGGGAAGGGGAUUUGAGAGGACCAGGCGGUGAUGGGAAGGGAGAGUAUCAGCGAGGGUUGGGCGAGACUUUCGGUUUCCCCGGUGAUGCGAGGAAGAUGAGGGAGAGGAGUAAAAUGAGGCUGUGGAGGGAAUAUUUCUUGAUUCAUGGACGAAACUUUACUUUAUUACGAUACCCACCGUUCCAGCGUCUUUUGCAAGUCGGUCUUCCCUCAAGGUUACGCGGUGAAUUGUGGGAGGUCAUGUCAGGAUCAAUCUAUCUACGCUUUUCCAACCCGCAAACAUACGACCUCCUCUUAUCUCAGAACGCUGGCAAGCACAGCCAAUCUACAGAUGAGAUUGAGAAGGACCUUAACCGAUCUUUACCGGAGUAUAAGGCAUACCAGAGCGAAGAGGGCCUUGCAAGACUGAGGAGAGUGCUUGUGGCAUAUAGUUUCAGGAAUCCCGAGUUGGGAUAUUGCCAGGCGCUGAACAUCGUUGUGGCUGGAUUACUCAUCUACAUGUCAGAGCAACAAGCUUUCUGGUUACUCGAGGUUCUCUGCGAUAGGAUCCUUCCUGGUUAUUACAGUCCUUCAAUGGAAGGUACUCUCUUGGACCAGCGAGUUUUCGAAUCCCUCGUUCAUCGAUGUCUCCCCAUGAUCCACGAACACUUCAAAUCGGUCGACGUCCAGAUUUCCGUCGCUUCCCUUCCUUGGUUCUUGAGUCUGUAUAUAAAUUCUAUGCCUCUUAUCUUUGCCUUCCGUAUCGUGGACUGUGUUCUCGCUAUGGGCGUAAAGGUUCUUUUCCAGAUCGGUCUUGCUGUACUCAAAAUCAAUGGCGAGGCCCUUCUUCAAGUCACCGAUGACGGCAUGUUCAUCAAUCUCAUGCGCGGAUAUUUUGCUACCAUCGGCGACUCUGCCCACCCGGACCAUGCCGACCCUCGUAUUCGGGCUAUCACCAACUUCCAAGAACUUCUCGUCGUGGCCUUCCGCGAAUUCAGCGUCAUCACCGAUGAAACGAUCACCACCGAACGACGUCGUUUACGUGCCAUCAUCUCAGACGAGAUUGAAAAAUUCUCUAAAAGAGCAGCUGUACGGAAUCUUAAACGAGUUGGAAGUUUCUCCAAAGACCAAAUUGGUAUCAUCUAUGACCAUUAUUUUGCCGCUGUAUGUUCCCCCGAGGCUGGUCCCGCAGUCCAGCCAAACGCAAUCAGUCUCCCUGGAGACCAAUUUGACCAGCCGAGGAUACAAGUGGACGCGCAGGGGAGAGUAGAGACAAGGAUCGAUCUGAGCACGUUCAAGGUGUUUUUAGGAGAUAUUGCGACCUGGGCAAGGGAAGAGACUGUGACGACGAAUGCAUUCAUCCAGAGAACGGACAGGAAGGUCGCGGACCAUGAGCUGAUUGACAGGAUGUUCUUCGCCUGGGAUACGCAAGGCCAAGGAUCGCUUUCAUUGCAAGAUGUCGUUCUUGGGCUGGACAGAGUGAUGUCAGCUGGAUUGAUGGAGUCUAUCGAAUGGUUCUUUGAGCUGCAUGACAAGGACAAGGAUGGAUAUCUGACCAAGGAUGAAGUCAUUCAGCUCUCUGAAUCUUUGCUCUUUAUCUUCCGAAACGAACCAGGUGACAUCUACUUGGCCUCGGUAUCCAAGUUCAUUCUCAAUGCUUUUGAAUUUGGAGAUGCCACUGCCCCCGAGGGGAGCGUCACUUCUCCACAGGAUAGGGAGACCUUGGAUGGUGACAAGGAGACUGCUUCCAGUGCAAGGGAAAGGUCUGAUUCCACUGCAGGGCCGCACAACUUGCCUUAUCUAAACCUCGCGACAUUUAGAAUGGUAGUAUUGGCGGAUGAGCUGUUGGAAAACUUCUUUGACCGUGAUCUUUCCGCUUCCUUCCAGCUCGAACGUACGGAGGAAGAAGACUAUCACCAAGCGCACCAGAGGCCGGAAGGUCUAUUGGGUGGUCUGAUGAACCUUGUCAUCACCAACGAGAACAAGAACCGUCUCAACCGUCUUGCAGAUGGAUUCGGUGCUGCCCUUGGGAAACAUGCAGAAUGGCGAAAACCUUCUCUUGCCAAGAUCGCAGACCCUCAAACUAUCGCAAACGCUUCCUCCGACUUGCGUGCCCGCGAAUCGCUCCUUACACCUGCACAACAACAAGGUAACCUUCAACGACGUCGCUCUGCAUCUUUCACCUCCCAAGCGUCCGUUAAGACCAACAAUACGACCAACACCCAAGACACCAACAUCCAGGAGACCAAGAGUCUUGCGGACGUUGAAGCGAGGUAUAGGGAAGAGAGCCAGAUGGUUCGGGCGGCUCAGGAAGCAGUCAUGCACCGACCCAAUUUUGCGAUUGAUGCCAUUGGAGAUAGUGAUGGUGAGGAGGACGAGGAGGAAGGAGAGGAGGAGACUGCUGCGAUUAUGAAUGAGGUUGAGAGGUUUUUGGCCCAGCACGAGGCAGAUGAUGAGGGGCUCAAGGGGGAGCAGAAAAAGGUUGCGACCGAAUUGUUGAAGGCAGAGCCAAUGGGUGCCAAAGUGCCAGGAGAUAAAGGUGACGCCUCCCUGGUGGAUAUUUAGUCAACGAUUGUGAUGUCAUCAUAGAUAAAAGAGUUUGAAGGAGUUUCACUUAGUUUUGUUUGCAAUUGUACAAAAAGCUUCAUUCUCCUGUCUCUCUUGAUGUUGGUCGUAGAUGACUCUCCCUAAUUCCAGGAUGUUCAUGAUGAUGCAUAAGCUUGCACUGUCCUUUGUUAUGACAAAAGUU